AUGACAAAUACAACAAGUCUACAUAAUCCAUUAGAUUCAACUAUAAAGAUAAUAGAUGAUGAAAUAGAAUUAGAUGAUGAUGAAUUUACAAUAGAUUUAGAUCAAGUUGGUCGACUAAAUUUUUUAGAAAAGAUAAAUUUUAAUUUUAAUUUAACAAAUUUAUCAAAUUUAUCAAAUUUAUCUAAUUUACCAAAUUUACCAAACUUAUCAAACUUAUCUAAUCUACCAAACUUAUCUAAUCUACCAAAUUUUCCUAGUAUAUCAAAUUUAUCAAAUAUAUCAAUAAUAAAUGAAAUAACAAAACAAAUAGAUAAAUAUAAAUUAAUUUAUAAAAAUUAUUAUUUGAAUAGUGAAGAUGAAGAUGAAGAUGGAAUGAUUCAUUUAAAUAUAUUAGAUUCUUUAAAAUCAAUUUUAGAAACUAAAAUUCAAUUAAAACAAUUUUCAAAUGAUUUAACUGAAGUUGUUCAUAGAGCUGUAUCAUUACCUGUUGAAGAUUUAAGUGAUUUUGAAGAUUAUUAUGAAGAUGAAGAGGAGGUAAAAGGAGGAGAAAAUGAUAAUGAUGAUGAUGAAGAUGAUGAAAGUAUUGAAACUUUGAUUGAACCUGAUUUUAAAAAAUUUAUUGAAUCUAUUGGGAUAAAUGAAAUUAUUAAGAAUUUUACUUCAAAUUUACUAAAACAAAUUUCAAGAAAUGAUAAUGAUAAUGAUAAUGAUAAUGAUACAACACAAGACAUAGAAAUAGAAGAGAAUUUAGAUGAUUUAAAAAUUGAUCAAACUUUAUUAGAUUUAAUUCAAUUAAAACCAGAAGAAUUUUCAAAUGAAAGAACACUAAGAAUAAAACUCAAACAAAUUCAAAAUUUAAAAAUUGAUGAAAAAUUAAAAAAUAAAUUACAAACUAAAUUAAUGAUGAAUAAUUAUUAUAAAUUUAUUGAUAAUCAAUUACAAAAAGAAAAUAAAAGAUUAAAUUCAAUUUUGGAUGAACAACAACAACAGAAGCAAAAUCAACAACAACUACCUAAACCAAAACAAAAAUCUAUGAUCAUUAAUGAUGAAGAAGUUAUAAUAUCAGAAAAAGAUCAAAUUCCAACUUAUUUCGACAAGAAACAAAAUAUCCUUGGAUGUUCACAUUAUCAAAGAAAUUGUAAAUUAGAAUGUCCCGUUUGUAAAAAAUGGUAUACAUGUCCACAAUGUCAUGAUUUAGAAAUAAAAGAUCAUAAAUUAAUUAGAAAUAAAGUAAAAAACAUAUUAUGUAUGUUUUGCAAUGUACCACAAAUUGUUGAUUCAAAUUAUUGUAUGAAUUCAAAAUGUGAAGCAGAAUUAUCAAAUUAUUUUUGUAAAAAAUGUAUAUUAUAUGAUAAUGAUCAAACAAAAGAUAUUUAUCAUUGUAAUAAAUGUGGAAUAUGUAGAUUAGGUUUGGGUUUAGACAGGGAUUAUUUUCAUUGUGAUGAAUGUAAUAUAUGUUUAUCAAUAGAUUUAAAAAAUAAACAUAAAUGUAUUACAAAUACAACUCAUUGUAAUUGUACAAUAUGUAAUGAAUAUUUAUUUACAUCAAAAGAAAAAGUUAUUGUAAUGAAAUGUGGUCAUUCUAUACAUAACCAAUGUUUUUUGGAAUUAAUUAAUCAUUCAUAUAAAUGUCCAAUUUGUAAAAAAACUAUUAUAAAUGUUGAAAAUCAAUUUAGAAUUAUUGAUCAAGAAAUUUCAUUACUGCCAUUACCACCACCAUAUAAUAAUUGGAAAUGUAUUAUAAGUUGUAAUGAUUGUAAAGGAAAAUCAAAUGUUUGUUAUCAUGUAUUAGGUUUAAAAUGUAAAUAUUGUAAAAGUUAUAAUACAAAUAAAUUAAAAAUUUUAAAACCAGAAGAAAUUGGUGAAGAUGGAAUUGAUGAGAAUGUUGAUGUGGAUGGAGUUAAUGUUGAAGAUAAUGAUGGAAAUGAUGAUGAAAUUAAUUUUGAUUCUAAUAUUAUGAGAUUAGUUCAAACUAAUUUAGAAAGUAAUUUUGGAAUUGAUUUACAACAGAAUUAA